AUGCCCGGGAUAGGGGCCGUGGGAGCUCGGUGCAGGCACCGCCCGAGGAGGCGCCCCAACCAGGCCAAGGGGAGCGGCCACCAGGCGGACGGCAGCGGGGAGACCGCCAUGGACGCGGCCAUCUGGAUCUACCAGUUCCGCCUGAUCGUGCUGGGCGAUUCCACGGUGGGCAAGUCCUGCCUCUUGCAUCGCUUCACCGAAGGCCGUUUCCCGGGCCCGAUGCACUGCGAUCCCACCGUCGGGGUAGAUUUCUUCUCCCGCCUCGUGGAGAUCGAGCCGGGCAAGAGGAUCAAGCUGCAGCUCUGGGACACGGCGGGCCAGGAGAGGUUCAGGUCAAUCACCCGUUCUUAUUACCGGAAUUCAGUAGGCGGCUUGCUGGUGUUUGAUAUCACAAACAGAUCUUCUUUUGAACACGUCUAUGAUUGGUUGGAUGAAGCGAAAAUGCAUGUUCAGCCUUUCCAAAUUAUCUUCAUCUUGGUGGGACACAAAUGCGACUUGGAAUCAGAGCGCCAGGUUACAAGAGAGGAAGCCGAAGAAUUAGCAUCUGCCUGUGGCAUGAAAUACAUAGAAACAUCUGCCAAGGAAGCUACAAAUGUUGAAGAAACAUUCACUAUUCUCACUAAGGACAUAUACGAACUGGUGAAAAAAGGAGAGAUUUCAAUACAGGAUGGAUGGGAAGGGGUGAAGAGUGGUUUUGUUCCAAAUGUUGUACAUUCCUCAGAGGAAGCUACCACACUGGGAGAGCAAUGCCCUUGCUAAAAAAAUUUUUUUUGCAUGCCAUACAACUUAACGAAGGGUUGGAGAAUAAGGCAACCGUUUGCAAAAGAUCAUUUUAAAAGAUGCAUUAGAUCAGAAAUACGUGAUCCGUGGCUUCUGAGAUGCUUAUCGCUCCUAAAAUACUUACGUGUGGCUUGCAGGAUUCUAUAAGGAUCACAAGAAUCAACAGCAUUUGCUUAAAGAGCAAAGCGAGCUUCUAAUAGUUAAUUAUGGGGGUCAGCCAAGUUGGUGGAAGCAAAAGUGAGUUGUUGUUGUUUUUUAAAGGAAAAAAUUCUUUUCCUGUUUUCAUCUUUUGCAACUUUUUGAAAGACGUAUAUAACUAUUUUGUACAAGGCCGACUCAGGUUUAUUUAUCAUUUGUUGCUCACAAGUUUUUUGUUUUUUUUUCAUAUGUUGUAACUAUGAAUAUUGUCAAGAAAGUGAAGCAUGGUCAUCAUGUGUCCUUCACAACCACCAUGUGCAUGAAAUAGGAUGUAUUAAUCAUACCAAAUUCUCCAUAUCUUUUUUCACCGUGGACCUCAGGGGUAUCUGUGGUUAACUUUCCACAAAAGAAGCUCCAGUCCAGGAGGGGACAAUCUUUUGGGGAUGGAAAGCACUGAACAACCUGGUGAGAUUGGUGGUGGGGCGAGAUAAACUAGUUCAUUCAUAUUGUGCUGUCCCAAAGGUGCUUUUGCAGGAGGCAACUGGACUUUCUUGGGUUUUUUAAAAAAAGACAUUUCGCUUCUCAUCUAAGAAGCUUCUUCAUCUCUGACAGGAUAGUGGGGAUAAUACUACUCAGGUGACCCUGAGGACACGAUAAACCUCCAAGGACUUCAAGGACCCUCUAAAACAGUGAUGGCUAACCUUUUUGCCAUCACGUGCCAGGAGCAGGGGGAGGAAGGUCAUGAGCACGUGUGCCCACACCCAUAAUUCUAUGUGCCCUGCCCACACAGAUGCAUGCGCGACUCCCCCGCCCCCCCUUGCUCCUGGCACUCGAUGGCACAGUAGACUCGGUAGGCCUAUUUUUUCACUCUCCCCAGGCUCCAGAGCCUUUCUAGGAGCUUGGGGAGGGCGAAAAUGGCCUUCCCCACCUCCCUGGAGGCCCUCCAGAGGCCAGAAACGGCCCAUUUGCCAACCUCCGGUGGGCCCAGAAAGCCCGAAAAUCAGCUGGCGGAGCUGAGCUCGCAUCCACUGACUCUCUAUGUAUGCCACUGCAAAUGACCAGCUGUCUGCAAGGAAUAUAAAUCCUUCCAAUCCCCACUAUCCUGUCAAAGCUGAAGAAGCUUCUUGGAUGAGAAGCGAAACAUCUUCAAAAGAAAAACAAGGAAGUCCAGUUGCCUCCUGAAAAAGCACCUUUGGGACAACCAUGACCUACCUGGAUGACUAAUAAUCUCUACAGACAUUCACUUGUGCUCUUACACUAAUUUCUUCUACCAAUUAUGAGAAGUAUAUCACACCAAAUGUCUUUCCAAGGAAAAACAUUUAACCAUUUCGACGGGGUUACCAAGUUGGAAGAAAGUAAAAUCUCAUUCCCAAGUUAAAGAUCCCUCUGAAGAUUAUUCUGCGAAAUAAUGGUGGGAUGCCCACAUAUCAUCAGCAUAAUUAAUUUAGGACCCGUUUUAUCUCAAUGGGAUUGGUUUGUGCAACUCAUUCCAAUUUCUUCAGAUCUGUGAAGAUUCUCAGUCACCCAGGUCAUGGUUGUUGUCAAAGGUGUUUUUUUCUUCAAAAGGCAACUGGACUGUUUGUUUAUUUCUUGAGGAAGAAGAAGAAAAUGUUUUGGUU